CAGGCGCUCAUAUGGGUCCAUCGAAGAAGUGUGCCAGCGCCGUCGCCGACCUCACCGAUGAUCUUAUCAUCGAGAUCCUGUCGCGGCUACCGGCAAAAUCGAUCUGCCGCUUCAAGUGCGUUUCCUGGCACUGGUACAACCUAAUCACCCGCCUAGAGCACCGCAAGAAGAUCCCCCAGACGCUCUUCGGCUUCUUUUACCCCACCUGCAGGCUCGGCCAAAAGAACGAUGUGCUCACGUUUCCCGAUUUCGUUGAUAUCAUGGGGGAGGAAGAGCUUCCAUUUUCAGAUCCCCCGUUGUUCUUCUUGAUCAGAUACAGGCUGAUUGAUCCAAAGAUCUGCUGCAAUGGCCUUCUUCUCUGCCUCUGCUGGAAGGUCUCCCCCAGUGAUAAAGCUAAUUAUGUUGUGUGCAAUCCUGCAAUAGAGAAAUGGGUUGCCUUGCCUGAGUCCAACCACGAUAGUGAUGCGUGUGCACACUAUUUGGGUUUUGACCCAGCUGCCUCGUCCUACUUCCAUGUGUUCCAGCUCCUAGAGGAAGAUGAGGAUUAUGGAUAUGUUCGUGUGAAUAUCAAUAUCUGCUCAUCAGAGGCAGGUGCAUGGAGUCACAAGGGAAAUAUUUGGAGUAGUGAGCUGAAGGUAGAUGAUUCUAAAGGUGUUUUUCUUAAUGGAAUGUUGCAUUUGAUGACCUAUGAUUUCAAGAUACUUGCAGUGGACACAGAGGGGAAGACAUGGAGGACCAUUCCUUUGCUGGAAACUAUGCGUGUUGAAAACUCUUUUGGAGCCCCUCUUUCUUUUAUUGGUCAAUCUCAAGGGCGAUUGUAUUACAUAAAUAUGAGGGACGUCAAUACCUCUAUAUUGUUAGUCUGGAUUCUUGAGGACUAUGACAAUGGUGAAUGGAUAUUUAAGUACAACAUUAACGCUUCACAGCUUUUUGGAAAGAAGGGUCUCAGGUUUGAACAGGACUACUUUUUCAUCGGGAUCCACCCAGAUUGCAAUUUGAUUUACUUUGUUUUGAGGUGUGAAGAUAUGCUGAUGUCUUAUAACAUGGACCAUGGGAAAGUUUCUGUUAUAUGCAGUCUCAAAGAGCAUUUGCGUGACUCAGGGCCUGUUUGGCUCCUCGGUGCUAAAGCAUCCAUCACAUCAAACACUGCAGAGGAGGUACCUGUGAUACAUGAUCCUGGGCACAAUUCGCAUGCCCCCAACCCCCAUAUAUUGUCCGUUGGUACUUGUGUUCUCAGAGUUGUUCGCAGAGAGCACUGCAAUGCAAUCCUUCUGAUGUUCCCGUAG